GUAUCAGAUUAACUCCCCGGGUCGCAGACCUCAUAUCUGUUUGGCUGAUUUUGCUAUCCGUCAGCGCUGUCUGGCUUUCAUUGGCUACUUCUAAAUUUCCGCUUUAUGUGUAUCCUCCUGUCUCCCAUUCUCAGUUUUCCUUUAAUCUGCCAGCUCCGACCUUCUUCUUGGUUGCGCUCCUGUCCGCUUUAUUAGUUAUUUGUAUUUGUACGGAAUAUUAAAUCAUUUAGGAUAAACAUGGACGAUUUCGAUUUAAACGCUCCGCAGGCCGCCACCGGGAAUGGCUUAUGUGAGGAGGAGGACCCCGCUGCUGCUUUUCUGGCUCAGCAGGAGAGCGAGAUCGCAGGGAUCGAGAAUGACGAAGGUUUCAGCAUCCUGGACAGCGGAGAGAUCCCGUCCUCGCUCAGCAACCUGACAGGUGACCCGAACCAGGACUUAAACGAUGCCAUUGAUGGAGCAGUGAAUGGAGAUCUACACGAGGAGAGCAACGGCCCAUCUGACACCUAUGCAGCGAUUUCACAGGUUGAUCGGCUACAUUCUGAGCCAGAGAGCCUUCGAAAGUGGAGAGAGGAACAGCUGGAGCGUCUGGCGCUCUUGGAUGCAAACUCCCGCAAACUAGAAGCAGAAUGGAAAGAGAAAGCUAAAAUAGAUCUGGAAGAAUGGUAUUGCAGGCAAGAUGAGCAGCUAGAGAAAACAAAAGUGAACAACAGGGUACAAGAUGAAGCUUUCUACAGACAACCCUUCGCUGACCUGAUUGGUUACGUAAUCAUUACCAAGCACCAAGUAACUUCACAGAAAGACUACCUCAGGAUAAGUAGUCAAACUGUUUCAGUAUCUUAUACUGACCACACAAACAUAAACCAUCCUUGCUACCGCCUAGAACAGGAAGCAGAGGAGGCCUUGGUGACAGAUCUCGAUGAGAACAAUCCAGGCACUGAGUGGGAGCGUGUGGCCCGUCUCUGUGACUUCAACCCUAAAUCCAGCAAGCAGGCAAAGGAUGUGUCUCGUAUGCGUUCAGUUCUCAUCUCUCUUAAGACGUCCCCUCUGGUCCACUAAGGGCACAAAGCACAAAAACAUUGCUAUUACUACAAGCAUUGCAAUAUUUUAACUUUCAAACUCAGAGAAACUUGUGGUUGCAGUAUAUGAAUCCCCCUUUUAAUAAUGUUGAAAUGUCCUUUUUUGUUUCAGGACCAAACCGUCACUGUGCAUUUACUAGUAAAGCUGAUUAAUGUUUAUGAUUGGAUGUUGUAUGGUCUGUAAUUUUUUUUUCUCCCCUGAAUGAAUUAAGAAAUGCUGAAAUUAAAUGGAGUUGUUCCAGACCCAA